AUGGCUAAGGUGGUGCAACAAGUACCGAAGACAUAUGGCAUGAAAGCUCUUCAAGACUAUAUGAAGGCGUUCUUCGCCCAUACACAGCAGCGUAAAGAAGCCAUUGAAACAGAACGGGCGCUACAAGACCGACCAAAGUUCCCCAGCGCGAGGGUAGACGGAAGAUACGCCCUUUCGAAUCACCUCUUCACCGAUGGUCUACGUGCAAACUUGAUAGCAUUUGACGUCAGGAGAUGGCGGCAGUCCGCCAAGUUCAAAACAAUGAUACUGGAUAUCGACAAACCGUUCGGCAUGCAGUCGUCAAUCGCCGAGGUCAUGGGAGAGGAUUACGAAGGCGCAGUGGUAAUCGGCGUGGAUCCUGGCGAAAUCAUCACGGCCUAG